GGUUGCUAGGAUACGAAAAGGUGGGGAAACGCCGCCCGCAACAUACACGAAGGGCAUUUCGGGGCGCUCCGGGCACGUUCUAAAUAGCCUGCCACCCAGAUAGCGGCAGAUGGCAGGAACCGUGCGGGUCCCAAAGGAACCAUUGGACCCAGUAAGCCAGAACAAGAUCUUCUGCGAGACGGUCCGGAAGGAGCUACGAUGCCAGCGCCUGCAGACGGAAUACGCGAUGAACCCCCUGAUGACGGGUACGGGGGUACCGGGGGGAGGGGAGAGACUUCUCCCCUUCUCAUGGGCAGACGGAGCUUCCCAGUUAGGUCUAUGGGAGUCCCCUGGCUCUUGACUCCAGCAGGCUCUAGUUUCCCCCCUUUCCACGAAUGAACCGUGUUUGGGUGCUGGUUGUCAUAAGAUUCUAGAAGGUCAAGUCACUUGCUGCAAACUAAAAUACUGUAAAAAAAAACCCAACCACCACCAGAGGAGUUUGUGGCACUUUAAACUUAGAGUGUGAUCCACAGGUUUCUGACCCACACAUACAUCUGUGUAAAGGAUGGAAAGUGGUAGGUUGGAAACAAGUAGCAAAGGAAUGCAAAAGCAGUACUGUAUUGGCAGUUGAAUUAGAGCUUAAAUGUAUGCAGACUGACCCUCACAGCAGCAGCAAUUUGUGUUAUCACAUAAAGUGCACUUUAAAUGCCCAAGCAGAAAUAUGAGCUGCAAUAUGAGCGGUUAGAUCUCCACAGGAUCGGGGCGUUUAGAGGUGCAAUAGCUAAAGGGAAGGGGCUGUAGCUCAGUGCCUGCAGGUCUCAGGUUCAAUCCCCAGCAUCUCUAGGUGAGGCUGGGAGAAAAUCCUGCCUGAAAUCCUGGAGAGCUGUUGCCAGCUGGUGUGGACAAUGCUGUGUUACAUGGCCCUAUAUUCCUAAACCACAUUCUCAGUGCCAAACUGAACUCAGGAGGGAUUCAUAGAAUAGAGCCAUUUGUUGGAAACAUCUUUGCAGUUUUCUGUGUGUGUGGAUUUGCAGUCCUAAAACUCAAUCAAUAAGACUUAUGAAGUCGUUUCACAAACACAUCAAAAAGCUUGUUACAAUAUCCAUACUAAGGAUAUGUUCACAUUACUGCUUUCUCCCCAUCCAGGGCACCCACUACUUUUUGAAGCUGCAUUCAUACGAUGUUAGCCACAAUCCAUACUGAUCUUGACAAAUACUAUUGUUUGAUGCAUUUCCCAUCCCCACCCCCCAAAUUAGCUUUAAUCUAGCUGGAAAACUGGAUGGGGAGUAAACAGCAACGUGAACAUCUGAGACAGCUAUCUCACAUGCCCAGAUGAGCACUUUAUACAGAUGACAGCUUCAUGAAUAGGAGUUGGAAGGUGGGGAUUGCAGGGGCAAGGAAUUGAAAAGAUGUCACAUGUGGGAAGACAACCCCGCCCUGUCUCCGAUGCGAACACCACUGUGCAAAUGCAGCUUGAAACACCGAAGCAGGGGCAAUGGCCUUGCUGCAUUUUAAGCCACUAACAUAAACAUACCCUAACAGGCCUACCCCUCUGGAAACUGACGUAUUACACAAAUCUCUCUAAUAGUUUUGAUCCCAGGUGCCAGUCUUUUCCUCUAAAAUGAUGAACUGGCUUUGUAGUGUCUCCCAUGCCUAUCUGAGGGACCCCCAACUGUUGUCCCCCAAAUAUCCUUAUGGCUUUGAAAACCUGCAUUUAAGAAAAAGGCCUAAAUUCCUGCCAAAGACGGGUGGUGUGGUGAAAGAAUGAUAAAUUUCUAAGCUUUGUUAGUUUUCCUCUGCCCUUGCUUAAGGUUAUCUAGUGAUUAAUUUGCCUUAUUUUGCUUUUACCUUUAGUUUACACCAUAACUCGAAAGCCUACCUCUUGGCAUGAUAACUUAGAGGAACCUGCAGAUGGUAAGUACAUGCUUUUAAACAGUUACAUUUAAGUUAGUGAAACAGAGAGGAGUCAUUUAUGAAAUGUUUUCCAGCAUGAAUCAAAGAAGGCAAAGUAUGUAGCAUCAUACUGAAGUCUAAACGUCAAACUUCACUCUCUUUCUCCCUCUGUAAACCAAAAAGCAUUAUACUAUACAAUCUGCAGUGGAAUGUGGCAAGAGACAGCUGAUAGCUCCAAUUUUUGUAUUUGUUUUUGGGAUCGAUCUUUUAUUGGAUUAAUUCCUUUCCAAGUAUGUUGGAGUGUUGAAACUUUCAAGUUAAGAAAAAAGUCACUGCCAUUAUGUUUAUUUCUUAAUAAUGAUAUAUUUUUGCAAAUAAAUAUUUAAAAGCACAAGCUUCAAUAUUCAAAGCAACAAACCCCAACUUACCUAGCCACACAGUGAUACUAUCAAAUUUCACUUCCAACUUAAUAUUAUUUCACUAGAUUAGUUCCUAUUUCAUCUUUUUAAUUCUUUACUUUUCUAAGGGUUCUGAGAGACCUAAAUGGUGCUUGUUAUGUUGAAAUGCCUUUAUCCAGGAUAUUGGUUUCAGGAUGGACACUGGUUUGUGGCCUUUUUGUAACUUGAAUUCUUGCCAGCAAAUACUGUUGUAAUAUAGUUAAGCCUUUUGGGACAACAAUGAAGUUAGCUUAAGGCCAGUGACAGCUAACCUUUUUGGAAGGGUAAAAUGUAGAGCAGCCAAGAGGACAUGUCUUUAGGAAUUGAGGUUUUCUGCAACCUCUAUUUAAUUAUACAAAAUACUGCAGUCAUCCCAUUUUACCAGAACAAUGCAGGCCUCCUGUCUGCCUUAGAGAAGAUGUGAACUUCACUGAAAAUCUUUUCCAAGCCUCAUUCUCCUGUCAUGCAUCUGCAGAGUGAGAGCAUGGCAGCAUAGGCAAGACAAAGCCAUAACACAAGCUAAGAGUGUGUUCUUCGGAAAGAUUUAGUACCUGCUUUCCCAGCCUUCACAAAGCUCAUGCCCUCCAGCUGUUUUGAAUGACAACUCUUCAUCAGCUCCAACCAGGACAAUUGUACUGGCUGGGGCUGAUGGAAGUUGUGGUCCCAAGCAUCUAGAGGGCACCAGGUUGCCAAAGGGUGGGCUAUCCUAUCCUAUGACUGUCAUUAAAUACAAAGAAAAUUCAAUUGCAUUUUUACUAGGUUUGCCAGUGUUUUUAGAUAUUUGACACACACAGAGAACGAAAGAUACCAACUUUUUUGCAAUGCUGCUCACAGAACAGGCAAAGCAGCUGUCCUUCCUCAUUCACAGCAGGAACCAACAGCAUGUUCAACUCCUCUAACAUUUUUGAGGGGGUAGGUGGUGGGUAUUAUUGGUAUAUGAUUAAUUUUGUUGUAUCGUUUUGUUGUUGUUUUGAUGCAAGCCAGCUUGAGAGAAUUGACCAUGAAAGGCAGUAUAUGCAUUGUGAAAUAAAUGAAGUAUGUAAAAACUUCAGGUGCAAGCUAAUAAGUUAUGCAAGCAGAACAAACAUUGAAAUUGAAAGUGUAUAAGCAUUUAACAGAGCACUGUAGCAUCAUCACAUCUAAAAAUUUCAGUGCAAUUUAAGUGCCUUGCACCCAGUCUACACUAAGCAAGUCUCAUUGCCAAUGCUUUAACCCUAUAGCUAAGUUCCUGAAACUAAUUCAUCAUGCUGCACUUGAACCAAACAAGAAAUACACAGAACCACAAACAGAAAGCCAAGAAAUCGGCUGGUUUUCCACACCUUUGGUAAGUGGGUUUUUAAGGAGCUUCUGGGGAAGUGUGUGUAGUUGUCUGGCAUUUUAAGAAUCCAGACUUUACAGGAAAAUAAUUUUAAGCUGUUAUAGCUAUGGAGAAAGCUUUGAAAGUUUAUAGGGAGUACCUGGUUAGCUAUCAGAAUCUAGACAUUUCAUCAAAUGGGGAGAUAGUUUGGGGAAAAUAUUCAAAUCCUAGCUCCUCCCUUAUGCCAAAUGUUCUUAUACUAUGGUAAUAUUCUCCUUCACAGAUCAGUGUAAACCGGAAUGACAACAGGCUAUACUUUCCAAGUCGGAGCACUGAAAUCACCAGAUAUAUGGCUGCUAUGUGGCGCCUGAAAGGGAUGACAAAAGAUAAGCGAUAAAGGAACACAGCAUUGCAGGACUUUAAGGGAAGGACUGUAGACAUAAAUUUAGGCUUCCAGACUUCCAUGGUCUCCAUCUUUUAAUUAUUGCAAAGCAUAAGACAGAGGCCUGACACAGGGUGCAAGGCAGUGGGUAUAGGAAAGUCCUGUGUUAUGUGAACAUUUAGUAUUACAAUAAACCUGACCUGAAAC